CGAAGCCGAAUCGCGCGCGGUGCGCCAAAGUCGUGGCCCAAAGUUGUGAUUUGGGAAGCAGUUUGGAAAACGGAUUUUACAGAUUGCAACGAACGAGAAGCUUACGCUCAGUUUGUAGGAAAGCUAGCGCCGGAAGGAAGCAAAAUGUCCGACACGGAGGUCGUUGAACCGAAGAAGGGCCGUGGACGCCCGCCAAACGCGGAAAAGAACAGCGUUGCACCGAAAAAACGUGCUCGCGCCCUUUCACCGAAGGAAUCAAAGUUGGAGGAACGCGGUGAGAAGGACAAGGUGGUCGCAUCGGACGAUGGCGAGGAACCAUCGCCAAAGCGGGGACGUGGACGCCCGAAGGGAAGCACCAAGAAGGUAGCGAAGCCGACCAAGAAAGCUCCCUCAGCACCGGUUGGCCGAGGCCGGGGGCGCGGCAAGAAAAAGCCAAUGAAAGAGGAAUCCUCCGAAGAGGAGGACGACGACGAUGACGAGGACGAGGAGGACGACGAGCCGGAGGAUAGCGAGGGAAACGAGGAAAACUACGGAAACGAUGAGUCCGACUCGUAAAGGUUUCGCACGCUGCCAAUUUUCCCCCAACGUUCGGAGUCGAUCUGUUUCCUAUGGCGCGGCUGGAUGUUCCGGCCGUGUGUGCGAAUGUAACAGUAUUCCAAUUCUCUGAUUCUUAUUUCCGUUCAUAAAACUUUAGACUAAAUAGUACGCCAUACUUCGUCGGUCAAAGGAAGUGAGUCAAAGUGUAAACUAAGAAUCUUUACAUUCCAAUUUUAAACUUUCCGUGAAUGAAA